CUACUAUUUGUGCAUGAACCACGCCUUUUCUUUGAUUUGACGUAUGAUGGCGUAUAAGGUUAUUGCAUCUCCCUAUAUAUAUAUACAUGGAAUGCCUUAAUUUAGUACAUGUACCAGCCAAGAAAACUUGAUCAGUGAAGCUGUGAACUUCGGAGGAAGAAAUUGAUCAUUGCAGCCACUGCAUCAGAAGAGUGAAAAUGAAAGUUCGUGGAGCAUGGCAGAUUUUCUUCCUUUUGGUGUUUGUGGGGUAUAUGUUUAUAUGGGUUAUGCUGCCUACAAAAACAUACAAGAAUUCAUGGACUCCCAAAUUGAAUGAAAAACUCAACUCCACAUACUUCAGGGAACAAGGGAGUAAUCUUCUUUUAUUUAGCUUUCCACUUAUGCUCAUUGCCGCUUUGGGAUGUGUUUAUCUACAUCUCCAAAAGAAAUCAAACUCUGAUAGUAGUAAGAGCUAUUAUCGUUUCCUGAGACGUCCAGCAAUGGUAAUGGCUCCACUGGGAAUAGUCAAUGCCGUGGAGCUCACAUUUGCUGCCAUGUUUAUAGCACUUCUAAUCUGGUCCCUUGCAAAUUACUUGUAUGUAAGCUUUGGCCACCUCCAUAUGCACACAGCGAAUGAAAAAGUGUGGCAAGCAAAGUUUCGUAGUGUAUCCCUGAGGCUUGGGUACAUUGGAAACACAUGCUGGGCAUUCCUUUUUUUCCCGGUGACCCGAGGAUCGUCAAUCCUGCCUCUGGUUGGCCUCACAUCAGAAUCUAGCAUCAAGUAUCAUAUCUGGCUUGGGCAUGUUUCAACUGUCCUAUUUGCUGCCCAUAGCAUUGGAUUCAUUAUCUAUUGGUGGGCAAUGACCGAUCAAAUGUACCUCAUGCUUCAAUGGAGCAGUACUUAUCUAUCUAAUGUAGCUGGAGUGAUCGCAUUUGUGCUGUCAUUAGGGAUGUGGAUGACGAGCUUUGAUCGUGUUAGGAGAAAACUGUUUGAAGUUUUCUUUUAUACUCACCAUCUAUACAUUCUCUAUGUCUUCUUCUACAUGCUUCAUGUUGGAGUGGCCUACCUUUGCAUGAUUCUUCCUGGAAUAUUUCUUUUCCUUAUUGAUCGAUACCUACGAUUUCUGCAAUCAAGACGAAGGACCAGACUAGUUUCAGCACACCUUUUACCUAAUGGCAGCAUGGAACUAACCUUCGCCAAGAAUCCAGAGUUGUCUUAUAAUCCCACAAGUAUAUUGUUUGUGCAUGUUCCAAGAAUAUGCAAAUUACAGUGGCAUCCAUUUACGAUAACUUCCAGCAGUAACUUGGAGACAGAUAAGCUCAGUGUUGUAAUCAAAAGUCAGGGAAGUUGGACCCAGAAACUCUACAAACAACUUUCUUCUUCUCUGGAUCAUCUUGAAGUAUCAACUGAAGGACCUUAUGGACCUGCAUCGUCUCAUUUUCUAAGCCACGAGGCCUUAGUGAUGAUCAGUGGAGGAAGUGGGAUUACUCCUUUCAUCUCCAUUAUCCGGGAAAUCAUUUUCAGAAGUACAGAAUCCAACGGGAAGGUUCCAAAAGUCCUCCUCAUCGCAGCCUUCAAGAACACUGCCGACCUGACCAUGUUGGAUCUCUUGCUUCCAUUGUCAGGCGCUCCUUUCAAUAUUUCCAAGUUACAACUGCAGAUAGAAGCUUACAUUACUCAAGAACACGAAAGGCCACUUGAGAAUGCGAAGAAGCAAAUCGAAAAAAAACUGUUCAAGCCAAAUCCAUCAGAUUCACCCAUAUCAGAAGCUCUUGGCAAAAACAGCUGGUUAUGGCUCGGUGCAAUAAUUUCAUCUUCCUUUGUCAUGUUUUUGAUACUUUUGGGCUUUGUAACUCGUUACCAUAUAUAUCCCGUGGAACUCAGGGGAGAGAAUUACCAUUACAGUUUCAAAAUUCUCUGGGACAUGUUUCUUGUAUGUGCCUCUGUCUUUAUAGCAACUAGUGCCAUUUUCCUGUGGCAAAAGAGAAAAAUCACUGCUGAGGGGAAGCAAAUUCAGAAUGUUGAUCUGCCAACACCAACAAUGUCACCUUCUUCCUGGUUAUGUGGUUCCGAUAGAGAACUUGAGAGCCUUCCUACUCAGUCUCUUGUUCAAUCCACAAAUGUGCAUUUUGGUGCACGACCUGAUUUAAAGAGGAUACUGUUUGAUCGCAAAGAAUCAGAUGUUGGAGUUCUAGUUUGCGGCCCCAAAAGCAUGCGGCAUGAAGUUGCAAAAAUAUGUGCAUCUGGUUUGGCCAAAAACCUGUAUUUCGAGUCCAUCAGCUUCAACUGGUGAUGCAAGUAAUAGUGGAAAAUAUGGUAUUUCUGUAUUUAUUUUGAUUCCAUUCAGCUGCUGAUUACAUGUCGGAUUGUCAAUCAAGUUCAUCGCUCCUGAAGAAGACUCUUUCUUUCAAUGACCUAAAAUCCAACCUACCCUCAUUUAAAUCCUCAAAAUGUUGAUAUUGAGAAAUAGGUUAAUGUUUGCUUUGUUUAUGAAAUCCCAUGGUUUGAACUUUUUAGAGACCCUUGUAAAAACUAAGUCAACUUGUACAAGUGUUAAUGUUUUUGACAUAUUCGACGAGAGUAUUUUGCCUGAUAAUAUGGAGCUCUUAAAUGUGUUUGAAUGUAGCAUACCACCCCAUUUGAAGUUUUGAUUUCUGUUUUCAGAUUUUGUAUGAUCAAUGCCGCAUGCAUG